UUGCGUUGGUGGUUUGGAGACUUUUCUGCUUACUUCUCCACUUGUAUAAUCUGACUUUUUUACAUCCUGUUAUUGUUUUUUUUAUUGAACUCUGGGGUCCAUCAGGGCACAGCUGGAGUGUGGAAUGGCUGAACUGGUGCGAAUCCGUAAGAAACGGCUGCAGAUCCCCAUCUCUAGGCUGAGGAGCAUGCUGAAGCUGCUGGAGGAGAGAGAUGUCGAUUUUGAAGAGAUUAAGAAGAAUCUGGAUUUCACAGCGUCAUUACUGGAGGCAAUUUACCUUGAUGGCACAAGGCAGUGUUUGGAGACAGAGGACGACCUUCAGCAGCUGCAGUCAGACGGGGUGCCUUCAGAGGUCACCGAUUGGCUGGCAUCCACCUUCACACAGAGAGUCAGACGACCUGUGAGGCGUUCAGAUGAGAAGCCAAAGUUUCGCAGCAUUGUGCACGCCGUGCAAGCUGGGAUAUUUGUGGAAAGGAUGUUCAAGAGGGCGUACACGGCCGCCAUGCCAGACCAACCUGCGCUGGUCGUAAACUGCCUCAGGGAUGUUGAUCGUUGGAGUUUUGACGUCUUUGCUCUGAACGCUGCCAGCUCAGAUCAUGCACUACGAACUCUGUUCUUUGAGCUGAUCACCAGAUACGGGCUCAACAGCCGGUUUAAGAUCCCCAUCUCAUGCCUGACCGAGUUCCUGUGUGCUCUAGAGAGAGGAUACUGCAAACACAACAACCCAUACCACAGCCACGUUCAUGCCGCUGAUGUGACUCAGACGCUGCACUGCCUGCUGCUGCGCUCAGGACUCGUGCACUGGCUGACUGAGCUGGAGGUGAUGGCGUCGUUAUUCGCUGCAGCCAUCCAUGACUACGAGCACACAGGAACCACAAACAACUUCCACAUCCACACAAAGUCAGAGUUCGCUCUGAUCUACAACGAUCGCGCGGUGCAGGAGAGUCAUCACCUGAGUGCAGCGUUUCGCCUUCUGCAGGACGACCAGAUGAACAUCUUCAUCAAUCUGACAAGAGAGGAGUGGAUGGAGCUGAGAUCGCUCGUCAUAGAUAUGGUGUUGUCCACGGACAUGUCCUCCCACCUCCUCCAAGUCAAAGCCAUGAAAUCUUGUCUGCAGCAACAAGAACGGAUUGACAAGCCCAAAGCUCUGUCCCUACUGCUCCACACAGCUGACAUCAGUCACCCAUCUAAACCCUGGGCUCUGCACUCUCGAUGGACCAAAGCAUUGAUGGAGGAGUUCUUCAGGCAGGGUGAUAGAGAGGCGGAGCUCGGCCUUCCCUUCUCUCCUCUGUGUGAUCGAAACAGCACUCUGAUAGCAGAGUCCCAAAUAGGUUUCAUAGAUUUUAUUGUGUAUCCCACGUUCUCUCUGCUGACCGACAUGGCUGAAAAGAUUGUGAUUCCUCUGGUGGAGGAGAACCCAGGCCCACCUGAUCCCUGCAACAGACACAGUAAUGUGUGGAAGGAGAGCUCCAGAGGGCUGCAGUGGAGUCUCGCUCAUCUCACAGCUGAGCUGGUGAGUUUCCGCUCCACCUGGACGAGACACACCGAGGACAACAAGCUCAAAUGGAAGGAGAGUGGCUCCAAUGGAUUUUCAGACCAAAGCGUGACGAAAGAGCCGAGAUCGAGACAAGAGGAGCCAUCGGAAAAAACACCACAGAACUCCAACACAGAUACACAACAGUAAACAGGACUUUAUGUAUAAAAAAGGGCUUUUUCAUAGAAUAGCUACAGAGAUUGACAUUGAUUCACUGUUUGAAAAAAAACCACGUUGCCUUCAUGUAAACCCUGAAUGAUGGAGUCAGAGGAGGGAGAGUGGUUUAUGGUAAACAUCUUCCCAUGGUAAGAUGCAGAAUAUGCACAGAAAUGUCCUCAUGUCUUAUUUUGAUGUAGUAUACAAUGAUUAUUUAAAUGCAAAGUGUACAUGCUGGCCAUGUUAUACAGUAUAGUGCAUGUUAUUAAUUUAAUUUGUCACUAAAAACACUUUGUAGGGAAUAUUUUACCUUCAUAGUUUGAACUGUACACACAUUUAACCUUGAAAUAAAAAAGGAAAUCUGUCAAUGUUAUUAUAAUGGGUACUGCCUUUUUAUUUAAAUUUAGAAUUGAUAUAAUUUUUGAUCAGAUCCUUGUCUGACAUGAUCAAAAUCAUCAUUUCAAAAAUUUCUGUAUCAUUGUCUGAACUAUAUACAAUGCAUUCAGAAAGUGAGAGAUUGCUGCAUGGCACAAACUGAGCAAUCAGAGGAGGUGGGUCUUAAUAAGAAAAGAGACCAAGAACCUGUUGGUCACUCUGACUGAGCUCCAGUGAGCCUGGGUGGAAAUGGAAGAAAGUUCAAUAAAGACAACCAUCACUGCAGCCUCUACUAAUCUGGAGAAAGUCUCUCCUCAGUGCAAAAAAGAAAAAAAAACAAAAAAAAAACAUGAAAUCCUGCUUGGAGUUUGCAAAACAACCCCUGCAGGACAAGAUUCUCUGGGCUGAUGAAACCAGGAUUGAACUGUUUGGUCUCAGUUCUAAACAUUAUAUCUGGACUAAACCAGGCAUCACUCAUCACCUGCCCAGCAUCAUCCAAGCAGUAAAGCAGCAUCAUGCUGUGGGGGGUGUUUUCAGCAGCAGGGACCAGGAGACUGGUCAGGGUUGAGGGAAAGCUGAAUGGAAACCUGUUCUGCAGCGCUCAGGUUCUCAGAUUGGACUGAAGGUUCACCUUCACAGGAGUGGCCUAGGGACAACACUGAGAAUGUCCGAGAGUGGCAAAGCCAGAGACCUGACUUGAACCAACAUCUCUGGAUAGACUUGAAAAUGACUGUCCCCUAAUGGACCCCAUCCAUCCUGCAUGAGCUUGAGAAGAUUUGAGAAGAAGAAUGGCUGAAAAUCCCCCAAUCCAGGAGUGCAAAGCUUGUUGCAUCAUAUUCAAAAUGCUACCAAAGAUGCCUUAACUAAGUACUGAAUGCAUAUAAGUGAUAUUUCAGUUUUUAUUCUUAAUACAUUUUAAAAAUUUCGAAACAUUCUGUUUUCACUUUGUCCUGAAAAGGAUUUCAAAUGACUGUAGAUUCAGGCUAAGACAUACAAAUUAAAUCUACACUUUCUGAAUGCGCUGUAUUGCACUAUGAAUUAAUGUAGACAUUUAAAUGCAAAAAUCUAACAUAUUGUACUUUCAAGUGACCUGUUUUUUGAUAUCAAAUGAACUCUGAAAAGUCUUUGCAGUUUAUAUUGGA